AUGAAUAAUAAGGAGGUAAUCAAUUUAUACAUAGAAGACAGAUAGGAUAUUUUAGAAUGGAUUGGAGAUGAAGUAGAAAUAGAUGUACUAGAUGAAGUAGUAACAUUUAUUAUAAAUGAUAUAAAACAAAAAUAUCAAACUGAUUUGUUAACUUUGAGAGAUUAAGAGAAUCAAUAUUAUGACAUUGAUUAGAUAAUAGAAUUCAAAAGACCUCAUACAUAUAUUACAAUACCAUAAAGAUAUGAUGUAAAAACAUUGGCAAAGGUAUUAAAUGGAAUAAGCUAAGAAUGAAAUAAGAUUAAAUAGAAACAUUUACAUUAUCAAAAAUGAGAGUGUUCUAUUAGAAAAGUAUAAAGGUGCUCGUAAAGUAGAGAGUGUUGAAUACUAACUUAUAGCUAUUAAAAAGGCUAAUCAAAAAUAUGUAGAUACUUUAAAAGGCAUUUUCGAUGAUUUAGUGAUACAACCUAAAAAACGUAACUCAAUUAAGAAUGAUAUAUAAAAUCCUGUUCAAUUUUAAAAUGAACCUGAAUCUCCGAAAUUUGGAUAAUCUCCUAAAGAAUGUGUAUCGCCAGGUUGGAUAUAAAGGAAAUCAUUAAAUGAUAGUAAUAAGAAAAAUGAUUUAAAACAAUUUACAAUCGACGAGGUAUGACUAUCCUACUGAGAGUAGGUGGCAAAACAUAAUUCUAUUAAUUCUGCAUGGAUUGUUAUCAAUUCCAAAGUCUAUGAUGUUACUAAAUAUUUGAAUAAACAUCCUGGAGGCCAAGAUGAAAUUAUCAAAGGAAUUGGAACUGAUGCUACUGCUUUAUUUAUGUAAAAUCAUCCAUGGGUUAAUGCCCAUUAUCUAUUAGAACACUUUUAAGUUGGAUUUCUAAUCAAUCAUAAAUGA